ACUGUUCAAGAUUACGCAUUUUGGUAUCGGCGAUAAGCGCUGAUCCGCCGUCAACCAGCCUCAAUCCCACUCUCACAGCCUACAACGUCACACUAUCACAAUCUCAUUCUGCUGGGAGCUUCUUUCUAGCCCUUUCUCCUUCUCCCUCUUAAGCACCACUUCGUCAUGAUAAUAGGCGACAUUAUGCUAUCUGUCGUCAAAUAUGGCUCUCUAUCGGCCGCCAUCGCCGUCGGGCUGUAUGCCGUCCUGCUAGGACUGUUGACUCGGCCUGGCUUCCAAGCGCAUGUGGUUUACCUGCAUGCGGUGCAGAUGACCUGGUUCAAAGACCUCACGGUCCCUGAAUCAUUCGGAUUCCUUCACAAUCAAGUCACUCCCUUUUUCAUUCCCACACCAGACGGCCACCGCCUCUUUGCCUGGCACAUCCUGCCUCUUUCCGUCUACCACCAGAACGAACGUGCUCUCCUGUCGGAAGAUACUCCGGGUGUUCUCACCAACACCACGACGCGCCACGCGUUCCACCUCCUCUCCACCGACCCAGAUGCCAUCCUAGUCCUCCACUUCCACGGCGCCGGGGGAACAGUCGGGUCAGGGUAUCGCGUCCCCAACUACCGCGCUCUCGCGGCCGGCUACCCGGCCAAAAACAUCCACGUGCUGACCUUCGACUACCGCGGCUUCGGUCUUACCAAUGGCUCGCCCUCUGAGUCGGGUCUUAUAAUCGAUGCUCUCGCCGUCGUAGACUGGGCCAUGAACGUUGCCAACAUCCCACCGCAUCGCAUCCUUCUCUUCGGCCAGUCUCUGGGCACCGCCGUGACUCUGGCCGUCGCCCAGCAAUACGCCCGCCAGUCUCCGCCGGUGGCGUUCAAGGGGAUCGUACUAGUAGCGCCGUUUGUCGAUGUCCCGACCUUGGUGUCAACCUACCGGGUGGCCGGAACAGUUCCCAUAUUAAGUCCGCUCGCGCGGUUUCCGUCGUUGUUCCAGGCGCUGCAAGGGUUCAUCCGUGACCAGUGGAGCAGUGGACAACGGAUCGCGGAGUUUAUCCAUGCGAGUGAAGCAAAUAGCUUGCCGUAUCGGCUCACUGUCAUCCAUGCGGAGGAUGAUGAUGAUAUUCCCUGGUGGCAUGCCAGGGAAUUGAUUGCGCAUGGGGUGCGUGCAUCGGGCAGAGACGGGGUGGAGGAAGCGGAUAUGAAAGUGGAUCUUGGCGCUUCAGGGACGAUCAAGGAGUGGCGAUCAACCCAAGGGGUAAUACGAGAGGAGAUUCUGAAGACAGGGCUGCACGAUGUGAUCAUGGGAAAUGCAGUGGUGUCGAUGGCGGUGAUGCGGAGUCUGGAAGGAGUAUGACGUCAAUUGUCUGUCGCCUAACUAUGUAGAGGGGGAGAUAUCGUACCAUAUUAUAUUGACUG